UGACCUUCGCAAUUGUCGGCUGUGGGAUUGUCGGACUUUACACGGCUCUCAAUCUUGUUGAGAGUGGCGUCAAAGGUUCUGAAAUCACCAUUGUAGCAGAGUAUCUACCUGGCGACCAGUCGAUCAACUACACGUCUCCCUGGGCCGGAGGUAACUUCAGCUGCAUAUCUCCAGAUGAUGCUCAGACAUUACAUUUUGAUGAAACCACAUACAAACACUUGGCUGCCAUUCGAAAAGUUCUGGGCCCCGGAUGUGGUCUAGACCGCCGUCCGAGUACUGAAUACUGGGACUAUCUUCCUGACAAGCGGAAAAUUGAUUCCUUGAGCUCGUAUUUACAGGAUUUUGCGAUUAUUCCGUCAUCCCAACUUCCUCAAGGAGUGGUUUUCGGUAUCAAAUAUCUUUCCUGGAACUUCAACUGUCCAAAGUUUCUUGAAGUGCUAAAAGAAUACCUCGCUUCCACUGGCAUUGUCUUUGUGCGGAGGAAAAUCCAGAAUGUCGACGAGAUGUUCGAGUUUGCUAGUACAGUUUUCAACUGCACGGGAAUCGGCGCCAGAGCACUUGGGGGAGCCGAGGACAAAAACAUCUAUCCUGCCAGAGGCCAGGUUGUGGUUAUCAAGGCUCCUCACAUUAACGAGAACAGAAUGAGAUGGGGACCCGAGGACGUAACCUAUAUCAUUCCUCGACCAGAUUCUCAGUCUCAAGUGGUGUUGGGUGGUUAUUUGCAGGCCAACAACUGGUGUGCUGAUACAUGGAAAACAGAGACCGAUGACAUCAUCCGCAGAACUAGUCAAUUGUUCCCAGAAAUUGGAAAGGAGCCAGAAAUCCUCCGCGUGGCGUGCGGGCUGAGACCUAGUCGCCAAGGCGGUGUUCGCGUUGAAAAAGAGCAACGUGCUAAAGGAUUGCUUAUCCAUGUCUCUGGAUUGUCGGGCUACGGCUACCAAGCGGGAUAUGGGGCCGCUCGUCGUGCGGUCAGACUGGCUAAAUCGUAUAAACUUUAACUAUAAUCCAAUGUAUUCAUUGAAGUGUCAAGCGGAUUCUGAUUGACAUCAAAAAGAUAGUUUGGCAGACUGAACAUGUUUGGAAUUAAAGAGUCCUCGUCAUAGUAAAGUCCGUCGAGCAACGAAUCUUCGCUAUUAUUGGGAGUUUGUUUUCCAGACGUCGAAGAGGAACCCCAGAUCUGAUCCAGAAACUCUCUUUGCGGCUGAUCCGCAGCUGUUUUGUCGAUCGUGGGUCUUUCCAUCGAAACGCGAGUAUACGAUGAAAGAGAUUGGAAAUUUGGCAAUUUCGAAGACGCGGACCCGUCUUUUUUUGCCUUUGAUUUGAUUUCAUCAGCCAUUUGGAAAAAUUCAUCAAGAAAGUCUCCCACAUCUAGCUUGCUACGUUCCUGAAUGUUUGGAACAGAACACCAUACCGUGUAAAAAAGACAUCUGCUAAUUUUGUCCAUCGUCUGCCACUUAUGGUGGUUGGGGAGAGAGUUAAUAGCACCAACUGCAAAGUAGUUUUUGCUCACCCAAUACAGGAGUUGGACGUCUUCUACCACUUCCGGUGAAUUCGGGUUUUGCAAAACCUCCGCGAUCAGCGCAACAUAGGCGCACAUGAAAUAGUAGGUGGCAAAGUAAACGUAAGCCUGGUUGUUCUUGUCAAUCUUGUACGCAAUUUGCAAUAUCUGUCGAAUAGCAUUCAAACCAAUGUUUUCAAACCUGGCGUGUUGGUUGUCUCUGUUUGAAGACAAAUGUGAAUGUUUGUGGUCUGAGUACCAAUUAAGGCGCAGCAUGGUCUUCGAUAUAAUGAUCUGGAGCAAGUAGUACUUGAGAUUGUAGCUGAGGACCAAAAACGGAGGAAAGAUGCCAUCCGUCACAUUCGUCACCUUUGUCGGAGCCCCCAAAUAGAGAAACGUCUCACCCGGUCUAAUUCUUUUGGGGAAGCACAUUCUCCAACAUUCUAAAUCAUGAAGUAAUGACUCGAUAGUACUUGUAAUCUGGGACCUUGUUUUCCUGACCAGAGACGUAGCCGAAAACAGUUCCUGGUAUGUUCUCGACGAGAUGACUGCAAGAUCGUACGUGAGAUAGAGCUCAAAAGAAAAAUCUUGUUUAGUACUAUCCAGCAACGAUGUCAGCUUGGCGGUAAUUUUGUCCCUCAUGAUUUCUCUCUUGUGUCUUCCGUCUGGCAGUCGUUCGUAUGGCAUUGCCCAAAAUUCUUCAAAGCCAGGUAAUGGAGGCGUCGUGAUAUCUGUGUCAUUUAGGAUAGGGGGCAAGCCACUUUUCAGACAAACCUCCUUGUCUAGAGCGUAUGCCCUCCACCAUAAGUAGAUCUUCUGAUCCCUCCUGUCUUGAUUUCCUCCAAGAUAGCUCUCUUCCCUGUGCAGACCCAAUUCGAGUGCGGAUCUGGCAAACAAUGUAUUUGACAGUGUAUAUGCAUGCCGAUCCAUACAAAUAUCAGCAAUCGGGACUAGCAAAUAAAGAGCUUGUAGUCUCAAAAGGUUAGAAUGCGACACCGAGUGAUUUAGAAGUAAUUUCAGGCAGUUCUCAGAAAGUUUUCUUUCGAGUUCCUGCAGAUGAAUCAACGGCAUUGGGCACGGGAAAUUCAUCGUUCUUACCAGCUCGCUAGCUAAACAGCAGGAAUGGAGCAUAAUGCUAGUCAUGAGUAAAAUUUCUGAUGGAUGAAAUGCGUUCAGAGGUCGGAGGCCAUUUUGAUACUUGAGAUAUUUGUCGAAAAGCCCGUGCACUUCAGCGAUCUUCAUGGGAUAAAUGUUUUGAAAGAAAGGCUCGAUCGUUUUCAGAAGAUACUCAAUUACUUCUGCAGAUGGGAAGAUCUCCGAUGCUGUGCUGGGCAUUGUAUAAUUUUGACUUGGUUUCCCUUGUUGUUCUGCUUUCAUUAGUGUAAUGAUAUGACGACGCAAAACUUUGGUUGGUGUUUUAUCCGGGAGAAGGCUAUCAAGCCAUUUGAGACCUUUGGCUGAAAAUAAUGAAAAGGUGGUCAGAGGGCCAAAGUAUAAGUCUUCAAGGUCUGCCUGGUUUGCAUGGGAGUCUGCAACUGGCUCAAUAUUCGGCUUGUUAUUCUCGGGAGAGUUGCUAUCUCGAACAAAGCGUUCAUUGUCAGUCACUGUAUCGGGAUCCAGUUUAUUCAACAACGCAUGCACCAUGGAUUCAAUGAGAACUCCAAGAAGGGCUCAGUCGUCGCUCUCUAAUCCGUCUUCGGACCCCAUGGAGUCCACGCGGAAAAGGCAGAGCAAAAAAGACGACCAGAUUCGUAAGAAGAUAGAGCACGAUUUAAGAAAAAAGAACAAUGUCAGUAUGGUCUCGAACUUGGGCUCGCCACAAAAGCGUUCCAAGGGCAGUUCAGGCGCAGCUGGUACCGUGAUGUCGCUGAAACCUUCUGAAGCUGUUAUCUGCAAACCAACAAACACUGUCUACGAGGCAGCACAGCUCAUGUCUGUCACUAAAGAAAAUUGUGUAUUGGUGGUUGAUGAAGACGGCCUGCUUUCAGGUAUUUUCACGGCAAAGGACCUAGCAUUUAGAAUUGUUGGAGCCAAUCUUAAUGCUAACCAGACCACCAUCGAUCAGAUCAUGACUCCCAACCCAAUGUGUGCUAAGGUCUCUACUUUAGCUUCUGACGCGCUCUCUCUUAUGGUCAACAAGGGCUUCAGACACCUCCCUGUGGUCAACGAGGACAAUCAAAUAGUGGGUGUUCUGGACAUUACCAAGUGUUACAAUGAAGCAAUGACCAAGCUUGAGAGAAUGUACGAAAGCUCUAAAAGAUUGUACGACGCUAUGGAGGGCGUCACAGAAGAGCUCGGACCAGCUAACCAGCCCGUCCAUGUUAUCAAGUAUUUUGAGAACCUGAAAAACCUAGUGAGUGGGCCAACUUUGAACUCUGUUCUGUCGGAGAGAACUAUUCCUGUUUGUUGCGACAUCAAAACGACCGUUCAUGAAGUUGCAAUUCUGAUGAGGGACAACAGGACCACAGCAGUCUUGGUCAAGGACUCCAAAAAUAAGGACGAGGUGACGGGUAUAUUUACAUCAAAGGAUAUUGUUCUCAGAGUUAUUGCAGCUGGUAUAGAUCCAAGAACUUGCUCUGUGAUCCGUGUGAUGACUCCUAAGCCAUCUUAUGCCUUGGCUAGUAGUUCCAUUCACCAAGCUCUUAGACAAAUGUUUGAAGGUCGUUACUUGAAUCUUCCAGUUGUGGAUGACGACAACAGUGAGAUUGUGGGUGUCGUGGAUGUUCUGAAACUCACCUAUCAUACUCUGAACCAGCUUCAGUCCAUCCAAAUGAUCAACAACGGGGAUUCUGAUGCCGGAUCAAAUGAUGAAAAAGAGGGUCCCGCCUGGAAUAAGUUCUGGACAUCGCUGGACAACGACACCAGUUCUCUGCACUCGGCCUCGCUUGCUGAUGUAACUCAAUCUGAACUCGCUCAAUUCAAUGUUUCCACAAACGACGCUGUGAAGCCAUCUGAUUCAAUUUCAUUUUCAGGAGCUCCAGAGACGUCGUCUUCUGCUUUGAAAGCUCCCCAAGUGGAAGUUGACUUUGACGAGCCAGUCUUCUUCAAAUUCAAGUCUCCCCAGGGAAGAACCCACAGAAUCAGCUGCAAGCCUAGCGACGGCAUCCAGUCGUUAAGGGAAUUGAUUGCGUCUAAACUUUCCAGACAGGAGGUUAGAACUCUCCUAACUCCCCCAGAAGAUUCUGAAACUGGCCAAGUGUUCGAGCCUGCAGAGCAGUUUGCAAUCUCCUAUGUCGACGACGAAAAUGACUUGGUUGCUAUAACAUCUGAUCAGGACCUGAAAGACUGCAUCGUUGUGCUGACUAGCUUAAACAAAGAUAAGAUUAACUUGAUUGUUCACCACCCCGACCAGAAUGUGGACGUACCUUCUACUUUCAGUUCUGCCAAAACUACUAGCGCUAUCCAAGGUCUGCCAAACGACACUGUACGCGAAUUGAUCUUGCCCGGUGUGUUAUUUGCGCUUGCAGCCUCAGUGGUGGUGGCCUUUACUAUAUCUCGGAAAUGA